UCUGAGGCUAACUUCACGCAGUGUGGUCUGCGUCUGUCAGACGGAGGAACAACAUGGAUCCGAACACGACCAUCCUGCGGGUUAAAAGGAAGCGGGGGACAGAUCCCGCGGACGCUUUGCUGCUCGCAUGUAAACGGAUCCGGCCCGAGUCUUCUCAGAACUCCGGUGAAACGGUACCGGAGCCCAAUGAGGCCGAAGUGGAGAACUCCGUCUUCAAACUCGUGGCGACUGUCGGGACUCAGGAUGCUCCCGUGCAGACGCAGGUCCGGCAGGCUUUGGCCCGGCCCCGCGUGGCCCACGCCUUGCGGCCCUCUGCCACCAGCUUCCAGCGGGUCAUCGGAGACUUGCGGAGCACCAAGUGGAGCACCCGGAGAGAGGAGCGCUACAGAAUACUGUCGAGCCACCGUUCAGAGCUUCCAGCCCCGGCGGAGCACCAGAGCGUCCAGACGGAGGCUCCCGAGGCUGCAGACGAACGCGGCAAAGCGACGGUCAAAGGCUGGGAUCUGGGAGAAAUCCAGGUGGUGGAUCUAAUCCAGGAGGUGGAAGAGGACGACAAACCUUUAGACAAGAUGCUGCCGUCGGACCCAGAGGCCAUUCUGUGCAACAACACCAAGAUGCUGCGCGAGCGCCUGAGCAUAUCCGGAGACCGGCUGGGAGAGGAGCACCGAGAACGGGACGAAGAUUACGUCUAUGACCUGUACUACCAGGAAACGUCCACACCAGGCUGGAUCCAGGACAUCCUGUCUGUCAGGGCCUACGCUGAUGAGGGAGAACUGGUUCCAGAUCUGGUGGUUCAUGAAGAGGAGGUGUAUGAAGACGAAGAUGAUGAGAACGAAGAGACCAACUGGAGGAACGACUAUCCCGAUGAAGACAGUGACUCGGACAGAGAGGAGCGCUUUGGAGGUUACUGGGAGGAGGAGCACUCGUACAGCCGGAGGAGCUGGCAGAGCUACCAGCGGGAGAUGCUGCAGGAGCUGGGCGGUGGUGAAGAGGAGGAAGAUGAUGCAGACAAAUACGACUCUGACUGAUCUGAGCCUUACCGCUUCCCGUCUCCCCGUCCCCCCCCCUCUCUCACGACACCACACUCUGGGCCUCUGUGUAGUCGAUGACGCAGAAAACGGCGAGCGCCAGCUUGAGCAGCGCAGGUCGGAUGUUUAAAUCAAGCCGUGUGCCAAAGUGAUGGAACUGGAGGAGGUUCUCGUGGUUCCAACCGUCUACUACACAGAGCGGGAAGGAGUUGGUGUCUUUUCCACUUUUAUUUUGAAAUCCUGUUGUGGAGUAAAUUUGCGUGUGGAUGUUUUGUCAAACUGUGUGUAUGUCAAGAGUUGUUGCACAUUAGUGUGAAGUGCUGUAGUGAAGCGUCUGGGCAAAGUGUGCUUGCAUUUAGGGUGUUUGCAUUUUGUGCAUGGUAGCGCGUUUGUCGGCCUGUGUGGUAGACUUUUGCGGGCGCAGCGUCAAUUUUCUGUUGUGUGCUGUGGUUGUUUGCUUCUGGAACUCCUCCUUUUGAAGUUUACUCCUCGGAUGCUUGUUGGAAAUAAAGGUUUUUGUAAAUAUGUAGAUGUAAAUUAAACUUUGAAAGGAAA